AUUAUCUUCUACGACAUAACUGCCCAAAGGUUGACGGCGGAAGAGCGUGCAUGGAGUCCUAAUACAUGGAAAAUAAGGUAUGCGCUCGCGUUCAAGGGUCUCCCAUUCAAGACCAUAUGGGUUGAAUUCCCUGACAUCGCCGACGUCUGCAAAAAAAUCGGCGCACCGCCGACAGGAAUCAGGGAUGGUUCGCCGUCGUACACCCUACCCGUUAUACAAGACCCAUUGACAGGGAAGGUCAUCUCGGAUUCGUGGGCUAUCGCCGAAUACCUCGACGAUACCUACCCCGUUCGACCCCCGCUUUUCCCUCCGGGAACUCGCGGCCUGCAAUGGGCGUUCACAGAUACGGUGAAAGAGGUGGCUAUUGGCGAGCUCAUCGACAACAUGAUGUUCCCUACGUAUCAACUACUCCGCCCGCGCAGUCAAGAAUACUUCCGGCCUACCCGCGAGAAGGUAUACGGAUGCAGAUUGGAAGAGAUUUCGACAGCCGAGACGCGCACCGAGCAAUGGGCUAAGGUUGAAGCCGGGUUCACGAGGAUCGCGGACGUGAUCAAGAAAAACGGACAGGGAAGCCAGCAUGUCAUGGGUAUCACGGCCAGUUUUUCGGACUUGUUCCUCGCGGCUUGGUUGGUGUGGAUCAGGCAGGCCCUCGGCGGCGAGGAAUGGGAGAAUGUUCGAUGCUGGAACGGUGGAUUCUGGGGUAAGUUCAUGGACGCGCUCAAUGAGUAUGCA